UUAGGGGAAGGUUGUUCACGAUUCAUCGAAAGUUCAUCAGGAAGAGAAUAAUUUUCUUGGGAUAAAUUUCGUACAUCCUCGUCGCAUAAAAUCGUUUAAGCACGUCCUUGGUUUUGUUUGGUAGUUAUAAUGGAGAGUGGGAGGUUGAAUUUAGAUAGCGUCGAAACGAAUGGGAUAGCGAAAGAAACAGUUGUUGCUACGUACAAGGCGUUACCGGACGACGACACUGUUGCACAAGAGAAGGUGCAAAAUACUGCAAUGGGAAAACAGAAUAAUGAAAAUGAAAUCGACGAUGGAGUCCAUGAAAAAAUGCUCAAGGAUGAGAGCAAAAAUUCUCCUACAAAAGAAACUACCGAGGUAAAAUAUAUUUCUGAAAAUGGAGACACCAAAAUUGAUAUUGAAACAGUUAAACAAGCUUUUUGUGGAAUGGGAAAGGAAGAAUUAAUGAAAUUUGCUAAUGAUCCAUUUUGGAUUCGAUUAAGAUGGUUUUUAUUCAUUGCUUUCUGGUUACUUUGGAUUGCCAUGUUAGUUGGUGCUAUAGCUAUUGUAGUAAUAGCACCAAAAUGUACAGCACCAGAACCCAAAGAAUGGUGGGAAAUUAGUCCUAUUAUACAACUGGAUCCUGCAGAAACAAACAAUCAUAACUUGAAAAGCAUAGAAUCUUUAUUGGAUAUUUUAAAGGAACAAAAUAUAAAUGCAAUUUCUCUUUCUUCUAUAGUUAAAGAAAAUCCAAUGGGAGGAACAGAAGACUUUAAAAAUAUUAAAUCAGAAUUAGGAACUAUAAGUGACCUAGAGUCCCUCAUAAAAUAUGCAGAAGGCAAAGAUCAGCAUAUCAUUUUAGAAUUAGAUCCAAGUCAUACAUCAACUGAACAUCCAUGGUUUAAACGUUCUAUAGAGAAAGAAGAACCAUUUACAUCUUAUUAUGUUUGGGCUGAUGCAAAAAUAACUUCUGAUGGUAAACAUAAUCCACCUAAUAAUUGGUUAAGUGUCUAUGGAGGAUCAGCAUGGGAAUGGAAUGAGCAAAGAGGACAGUAUUACCUUCACCAAUUUAACUACACACAACCUGAAUUAAAUUACAAUAAUCCAACAGUAGUUACAGAAUUUGCUGAUAUUUUGAGUCAUUGGAUAAAAUUAGGAAUUAGUGGAUUCCGCUUAGCUAAUACACAAUAUUUAACUGAGGAUCCAGAUCUUCAUGAUGAAUUCAGAAGCACUAUUCCUACUGAAGCAGAUGAUUAUGAUUCGCUAGUACAUGCAUAUACAAGAGACCGACCAGAAAAUGUUGGUAUCUUGUCAAAAUGGAAAGAAAGGGUUUAUAAUGAAACAGAAAAUAAAGGGUUCUUUGCUCUUCAAGAUGAUAUUGGGACUGAUAUUUUACAAGUUUACAACGAGAAGAAAAGGUUGAUCGAUCUCCCACAAAAUUCACAAUUCUUUACAAUAGCAGACAGCAGUAUAAAUGCCACAACUUUGCACCGUGGCAUUUAUCACUGCCUCAAUUCCACUCCUUGGCCUGCUUGGGAUGUCAAUGGCAAGAAACAUAGUUUGAGGGAAAGAAUGCCUGCAGAUAUAGCAGACAGUUUGGUACUCAUGACAUUACUUUUACCAGGCACACCUGUGCUCAAAGUAAAUGAUACUCUAUCUGCAAAGGAUGCCUUUGCAACUUUAUCUAAAACAAGACAAAGUUUAACGUUCCUUUAUGGAGAGACAAUGCUUAAGACUAUUAAUGGAAGUGUAUUUGCAUACACAAGGAGGCGGUUAAAGAGUGGCAAUCCUGGUUACUUAGUAGCUUAUCAGUCAUCAGAAGAACCUACUGUAGUGGACUUCUCUGUAAUGCCACAGAUUUCUGAUGAAGUUAGUGUAGUCACGCAUAGUCCUAACUACGUACAAGACGGCAAUAUGAUAAGGACAAAGUUGCCCUCUAAUAAGGUUCCUAUAUCAUCCAAGAGUACAGUUGUUCUAACGUUUGUUCCAAAAUCUUAAUUACGAGACAAAACGUGUAUAACUAAUUAGUAAGAAUCUCGUAUUUAUCAUCCUCUCAUGU